AUGUCGUCCCACGACACUUUCCGCUUUUAUGACAUUCUUCGUUUACAUGAAGUCUCUUCUUAGCAAAAAUCCAAUUUAGGCGGAAAGUGCCGUCCCUGAUUAGCCUGUGCGGACUACACAGGCUAAUCUGGGACGACACUUUACGCAAAUGCAUUAUGCCCAGUUUUUUCAGAACGCGACUCAAUUCUAUACCUCCUCCAGAGACAUCAUAUACGGGAUCAGGAAACGGACUCGAGAGCGUUUCAAUAAGCCCUAGCCUUUCGAUGCAAUCGCGAUGAAAAACAUAGGUUUAAACGUGAGUUAUGUAAACAAUUUCAAGUUGCGUUUUCAUUCACAGCGGAAGUGACGCAACUGAGGCACUACGUAGACGAGGCCAAUCAGAGCCGGAAGUACCGCGAGCACAUGAAGGUUAUGCGCACGCAUAAGCCACGCCCCAGCUGGAGUGUGAUAGUCCUCGGAAGUCAGCUUAUGAUUGGGCACCAGCUGGGUAAACUGUUGAUUUGCGCGAUCCCUGAAUACUACACGGUAGAGACCUGGUAUGCCGCCUACCUGUCGCACCUGCUAGCGGCCCUGGGAGCGGCUAUAGGUGUGCACACGGCGGCCAACAUCGGACCGCAGAAGGCGCCAUUUCUUCCCACCUUCCUCGCUGCUGCCGCAACUGUUCCAACCUCGUACUUCCUGUACCAUCAACGCAACAUUUUCACGCUUCUAUGCGUCGUGGUCGCCUCCCUGGCGAGUUCGUAUUUCUCCGUAUGGGCUCCGGAAAAGCCGCCGAGCAAUUUAAUUGGUCGACUGAAGGCAGGCGCGUGCGUGGGCCUCGCUUUGACGGCCUAUAGCGGAUUGCACGGCUCGAGCAUGUAUUUCAACACACGUGUACAAUCGCUCAAUGGAACGACUAUCCCGUUGCCCGAGAUGGUGGCAAACUUCCUACGGUUACAACCCUAUGAUGAGGCCCGCGAACUCAUGCCAGGCAUAAUACAGUGCGUGCGCAUGUACGGUAGUCUGGACGUUUGCCAACAUCAGUUCCUGUCCCAGCUCGCCGAGAUCUCCGACCCGAACCGCGACUCAUGGGCGUUCACUGUAUGUGUGUCAAAAUUGUGA